GAUCUGACUGGAGCCUAGGUAGCAUUGCCACGGGCUUCUAUUCCGGUCUUUUCGCGUACACUGGAUGGAACUUCCUGAAUUGCAUGAUAGAGGAGAUGAAAAACCCCAAGAGGGAUCUGCCAAUAUCCAUUGUUUUCUCCUGUCUUGUUGUUACCGCGGCAUACACAUUUUGUAAUGUUGCCUACUUUACGACCGUGGACGUACACGAAAUUCUCACAACGCCAGCCGUUGCAGUAACUUUCGCUCAGCGGCUCUAUGGCCCAGCCUGGUGGAUUAUUUCCAUCUUCGUCGCCUUUUCCUGUUUCGGCGGUAUCAAUGGUUCUAUGAUGUCAACCUCACGCAUGUUCUUUGUCGCCGGCGAGGAAAAUCAGAUGCCUCAGAUGUUGGCUUUCCUCCACGUUCACAAAUUGACACCAAUGCCUGCCAUUAUGUUCACUAGCUUCUUUGCACUGAUCUAUCUUUCCGUCAAAGACCUGUACGUACUGAUGAACUACCUGGGUUUCGUGCAGUGGUUAGCAAUUGGCCUCUCUGUGCUCAUUGUCCUUGUUUGGCGUGUUACUCGUCCCGACGCUAUUCGGCCAGUGCGGGCGCCCAUAAUAUUCCCGGUCAUUUACGUGUCCUGUAGUGCUUUCCUGCUAAUUUUCUCCUUCAUUGGAGCCCCGACUGAGUCCCGUAAGUCGCACCCGUUUUUGGCCAUUUCUUUAUAUGUCAUAUUUCACUCGUUCUUGGGUUUAGAAACUCUUAGUACGUUGCGUACGAUCGUGCUUCCCGAAUUCUUAACAAAUGACAUUUCUUGA